AUGUUAAAUCUAAUAUUUUUAUUUCAAACUGGUGGUGGUCUAGCCGACUAUAUACCCCCAGAUGACAUAUUAGACCGGGUAACUAGUCUAUUGGGAAGUACAGUCAGCGGGUUUACUGUGCCUUUUGGGGGUGAUAAGGAAAUGGCUUGGUUUGAUGUAUGUAGUGGUGCUGAUGGUAUAGUUGGAAUAAGUGGUGAUGUUGAAAAAAUUGGAAAUGUGACGGUGCAGACAAAACAAACAGUGGAUUCAAGUGAAACCACAAUCUCAACACCUUUAUCUAAUGAAAAAGGUAUUGAGACUGUGGUCGCUGACUAG